AUCUCCUGUCAAUCAUCUACAACACCGCUUGAUCAUGGCAUACUACUACGACGACUCCGAUCCGAUGGCCAUGAUGCGCGCGGGCAUGAUGGCUCGAGGCACCGGCCGUCAGAGACGCUUCGACGAAUACUACCGCUGCUAUCCCAUCGUCAUGAUGUCCGGUCCCGAACGCGAAGCACUCAACCACGGCGGCAAAAUAUUCCUCCCAGCAUCCGCCCUCGACAAGCUCACACAACUCCACAUCUCCUACCCCAUGCAAUUCGAGAUCACAAACGGUGCACGCGAGCGCACAGCACAUGCCGGCGUCCUCGAAUUCACAGCUGAAGAAGGCCGAUGCUAUUUCCCGUGGUGGCUCAUGCAAACACUCCACCUCGAAGCCGGCGAUCUCAUACAAAUCAAAUCUACCGACCUCCCACUCGGUUCCUUCAUCAAACUCCAACCGCAAAACACCAACUUUCUCGAAAUCUCCGAUCCCAAAGCCGUCCUCGAAACCGCUUUCCGCAACUUCUCAUGUCUCACCCUCGGCGACGUCUUCACAUUCUCCUACAAUGAUACCGUGUACGAAAUCGCAGUACUGGAAGUAAAACCAGAUACUGGCAAGAAGGCAAUCAGCGUGGUGGAAACGGAUCUGGAGGUCGACUUUGCGCCGCCGGUGGGAUACGAAGAGCCGAAGAAGAACAGCGGGACAAGCACACCACGCAGCAUCGCUUCGACGAUGGCGAGCAAAGGAGGCGUGCUACAUUCGGAUGGCACCAUGGCUGCUGCGAUCAACUACUCCUCCAUCGCUCCUUCAGUCACUGCUGCGGCGACUAGCAAUUUCUCGGGAGGCGGGAACAGACUUGUAGCGAAGAAGGGCAAGGCGGCAUCAACGGCGACACCCACACCGGGAGCGUCAACACCGACGACGGGAGGCAGUGCUGUUUCGAUCCCUGGUCUGGGUCCGGCGAAGUCUUCGAAGCGGAGGACAGGCCCGCAGCCGCUACGGCUCCCACCGAACAAGCUGUUCUUCGGGUACGAGAUCAAGCCGUUGCAGGAUAAGGAGGGACAGAAGGACCAGGAGCAGAGCAAGAAGACGUACUUCAGCGGAGAGGGGAAUACGCUGAGGAAGAAGAAGUGA